AUGUCGGAUCUUAAUAAGAUGGAAAGUCGAAAGAUCGAGUAUCGCGUGGAUGGGGAGUUUUUCAUUAUCACAUUUGUGGACCCCAAAGCACUCAAUUCGCUCUCUGGUACAGAUUAUCUAUAUCUGGCCCGUGUACUGCAGAUAGCCGACUCAAUGGAAUCAGUGAGCUUCACUUUGCUACAAAGCACUGGCCGUUUUUUCUCUGCUGGAGCCGAUAUUUCGCACAUAGCGCAAGUGCAAACCGCUGCAAACCAGGAACCCGGUGGAAUGCUUGGGAAAUGGCUUGCGGAAUUUGCCAGUCGAAAUGUCUUCGUGACUCACGUCUUCGCAACGCAUUCCAAAGUAUUGGUAUGCUGUCUGAACGGACCGGCCGUCGGACUCACCGCAGCGCUCGUAAUGCUUUGCGAUAUCGUUUACAGCAUGAACGACAACGUCUACCUCAUGUUCCCGUUCGCAAACCUGGCGCUGGUGACAGAAGGUGCUCUUUCCGUGACGUUGCCUCUUAAGCUCGGCUACAACGCGGCACACGAAAUCCUGAUGUUUGCCAAGCCCGUUACUUUCCAGCAACUUAUCGACAAAGUGAUUGUCCGCAACUACAUGCUUUCAGACGCCGAUACCUUCAAUACGAAAGUGCUUUCCGAUCUACGCGAAAAAACGGAGGGACUUCACCACGACAGCUUCAUUAAUAUGAAAGAACUGCUCAAGAGACCGCUUUUGUCGGAACUUAAGCGUGCCAACAUCGACGAAGUGGCCGAUGCUAUGAAAUACUGGGUCCAAAGUCUCCCACAGCAGCGGUUCCAGGAAAUAGGAUCGAAAAAACGCAAACACAAGUUUUGA